AUGGUAGACGAUGUGGUCGCGUUCUUCGGCUUCCAGACAACUAUAUCCAAUGUCUACGACAAAGCUCAGGAAUGCGCUAUUGGCAACCUCCACUCUGAUCUAUCCUUCCUAGACUCUGCUGUACCAAUCACUUCGGAGGAGUUUAUCGCACGUAGAGAUCGGCUAGCUCGUGCUUUGGCUGCGUCAAAUGUGGAUGCUUUUGUGCUGGAACCUGGUUACACUUUUCAGUACUAUGGCAAUAUUUCCCAAACUGAUUGGGAACCCUGGGAGCCAGAGGAGAGACCAUUCCUCAUGCUUAUCUUGCCUCAGGUAUCUUCCUCGGGCAAUGUCAGUGCCAAGACGGCUUUUCUAUCGCCCCAUUUUGAAGAAGGGCGAGUUCGAAUGCUAGGAAUACCCUCACGCGAGGAAGAACUAGAUAUCGUCACAUGGGAAGAGCAUUGGAAUCCAUAUGAUACGUUGCUCGAGUCGCAUUUUUUCAAUGGUAGACCCGCAAAGGUCAUGGUUGAUGAAGAGAUCCGAGACUUUAUUGUCCGUGGACUGGAGACGGCUGGCUUUACGACUGUUGGCCUUAACCCCGAAGUCGAGCUUGCUCGACAGCAAAAGAGUCCAGCAGAAGUCGAACUUAUCCGCGCCGUUAACACUGGCACUGUUGUUGCUGUCCGAGCGAUGCGUCCGUGUCUGGUUCCUGGUCUUACGGAGAAUGAGGUAACUGAAAUUUUGAACUCGGCUUUGCUAUCCAUCAACUUCGGGCUUUUUUUCAACAUCGUUCUAUUCGAAGAACACGGUGCACUUCCCCAUGGUGGGUUUGUCACCGGAUGGAAGAAAUUGACCCCCGAAAGCAUGGUCGUCAUCGAUGUCGGCGCUCACUACCUGGGCUACAGCUCUGAUAUCUGCCGCAGCUUCUUCAUUGACCCGCCAAAGCCGCGAGAACCAUACGCGCUGGAUCUCAUCAUGCAGUUGCUGGGAAAAGGUCUAAAAGAUGAAAGUCCAUUCGGCCACAAUCCUGAGCUGCGUGCUGAAAAGCUCAAGGUCUGGGAUAUUGUCCUGGAUGCCCAGUCUGCUGCCGCUGCGGCUUUCAAACCGAACAAGACAGCAGCAAGUGUAGACAUUGCGGCCCGAAAGGUUAUAGAGGAUGCGGGAUACGGUUACGGUUUCACACAUCGUCUGGGUCAUGGAAUUGGCAUCAAAGCUCACGAAUCACCGUACUUGAAUAAGUGGAAUAAGGACAUCCUACUUAAGCCGGGAAUGACUUUCACAAAUGAGCCUGGGAUCUACCUGGAAAACCGGUUCGGUGUCAGGCACGAAGACAUAUAUCUAGUCAAAGAGUCUGGCGAUGCCGAGUUACUCUCUGGACGCAGAGCAACUGGGCCCUAUGACCCCUAA